AUGCCCCGGGAACUACGAGGUGUGAACUUUGUGACCGUUCUCGGGAUGAACCCAAGAAGGUUGCUGCAAAAGGACCACAAUGUCCCGUGUGCACAAACAUCAACGCACCUGGACGCAAGCGAUGUGAACUAUGCGACUCGUCGUUACCUACAGAUCCCAGAAGAUCACUUUGUCGAUCUGUCUUCUAGCCCAUUGGAGCGCAAACCCAGCUACACUAUCGAAGAUGAUCUCGAGAAUCCGUACGCAGACUUGUCCCAGUUUGAAGCCUACGACGCUCCAAAUGAAGUAGCUGAUGCCGAUCCUGACUACUUGGAAGAUAUAUCCGACAAUGAGCAGCCUGCGAUGUCGUUAACCACUCCACGUCCACUGACAGUGCGAUCAGAGCUAAAGGAAUUCGAGCAUUUCGUGUGCAUGGAAGACCUACGCAACGACUACGGAUGUCGAAUCAACUACAAAAAGAUGUUCGCAGGCCAGAGAUCCAGAAAGUCAUACGCCGAUCGUCUAGCUACAAGACAAGCGGAGUCACGGAAACGCAAGCGAAAUGUUGCUCGAAAGGAAGCAGGAGAGGCACCAGCGUCUAGUAAACGUGGUAAGGCCGGCAAAGGCAGCAAGAAGCGGAAAACCUCAGCUUCGCCGCGACGAGGUACGAGGAGGCACGAGAGGCAAGAGAGCUAA